AUGUACACUUAUUGUGGGCCAUUUGGUGGUCUCUGUGACGGUGCACGGUCGUGGAUGCCUUGUCGAGACACACUGCGAGACGCCUGUACCUUUAGGAUCGAGCUUACGGUGCCCGACUGGUGUGUGGCAGUUUGUAGUGGACAGAUGGUGCAACAGCUUCUCAACCCUGAGACAGACGCCGACGGAGGACAGUGGAGGACGUUCCGAUACGUCGUGAACCCACAGACCAACUGCUCGUCCGUUGGCUUCGCUGUGGGACCUUUCCGACUCUUUGUCCCGCCGGAAAUGCCCCGGAUGACGCACUUUGCGCUGCCCGAAUGCUUCGAAGACCUCGUGCAUUGCACGUCCAAGUUGGCUUCGACUAUGUCGUACUUUGAAGGGACAUUGGGGGCGUCGUACCCGUUCAAGACGUACCAGCAGGUGUUUGUGGAAGAUCUGCCCGAUCAGCUGCAAUACGUCGCUGGAGGAGCCAUUCUGGACCAGAAUCUGCUGCAUGGGCCUCGGAUUAUUGAUCGAGAGCUGCCAGCACGAAAGACGCGUGGGUGUUGA